AAACGUAUUUGAAUACCGGGUUCUUUACAUUGAAACUGCCAGUCAUUCAAUAUUUGGAGACACGUAUUUUGCGCGUGUUUUAUUUAUUCAUGUUGUAUUAGAUCAACAGAAAGAAACAAUGGGAGCAGUACGUGUGAUUAACGACGAUGGCCACUUUUAUGGGGAAAUAGCUAGUGCUGGUACAAAAUUGGUUGUAGUAGAUUUUACAGCAACAUGGUGUGGUCUUUGCGAUAUAAUUGCACCGGUGUUUGAGCAACUAUCAGUGAAAUAUUCAAAUGCAGUAUUCCUUAAAGUUGAUAUAGACAAGUGUGUAGCGACUGCUGCUAUGCAAGGAGUCAACGGAGUGCCUACAUUUUUAUUUUAUCGCAACAAAAAAAAGUUGGGACUGUAUCAUGAGUCCGACCCGGCUGGACUAGAAUCAAAAAUUCAACAGUUUUACGGCAACGGAGAGUCAGAGGAUUCUGAGAGUCCAGUGUCUGGACAUAUGGAUCUAUCAACGUUUAUUACCAAAACACAGUGCGAGUGUUUAAAUGAGUCGGACGAGCACAACUUUUUGCAAUGUUUGAGCACCGACGAGGGAUACCUGGAAAGCGAUUGCGACGAACAGCUGAUAUUAUGCAUCGCGUUUUCACAAGUAGUCAAAGUACAUUCUUUGAAAAUCAAAGCUCCCAAUGACAAAGGACCAAAAACUAUCAAAUUGUAUAUCAAUCAACCUAGAACGAUCGACUUCGAUAUGGCAGAUUCUAAUACAAGUGUUCAAGACUUAACUUUAUCAGCGAAAGAUAUCGAAGAAGGUAACCCAAUUCCUUUGCGCUAUGUGAAAUUUCAAAAUGUGCAGAAUCUACAGAUCUUUGUGAAAGACAAUCAAAGUGGUAGUGAGACGACAAGGAUCGACCAUUUAGCUAUAAUUGGUUCACCAAUUUCAACAACAAACAUGGGAGAAUUCAAGAAGGUGGUCAAUAGAGAAGGAGAGAGUCAUUAACAGCCAAUUGCUUAUUGUAUAAUGAAUUGUGAAAGAGUAUCUUAUGUCAAAUAAACUUUCCAUGGUCAUUAUAUUUGACGGAAAUGAUACGAAAGUAAAAACUUUUUUAUAAUUCUUGUUUUUCGUUAUGUAUCCAGGAUCUCUGUAAUUACGAAACAAUGUAUUUAAACUGUACAUAUAAAACAUUUGAUUAUUAAUUGAAAGUUUCGUUGGUAUUAAAAAUUUAUUAAAUUUAAACGUGUACGUAGUUUUGUAAGAAAUAAAGUCCACUAUCGAGAUCCUGUAAAAUAAAUCGUAGCAAAUAGUGAUCAUGAAUAUUUCUUUUGUAUGACACAAUGUUCAUUUGAACAAUAUAAAAAAUAUGCAAAUAAUUUAUACAUAUACGUUUGGUUGAUAAGAAAUCUUGCUAAAUGCAAAAGUGAGAAUAACGAACAUUUACAAUUGUUACACGCAUAAUAAAUAAAUGAAUGAUUAAAUUAA